UGAAUUCACUCAUAGUCUCUCAAACAAAAUGCCACAUAUCCAGCAUUACACUAUUGGUUGGUUUGAGAAAACAUUGACCAAAUCCUAUAUACAAAACGAUGAUUUCAUUCUUCCAACUAUGGAUGUUCUUCCACAAGUUGACAAAGAAGUCGUUGUUUUAUACGACACAACCGCUUUCAAAAUGAAAUACAAGAUCGGUCGAAAGGCGCGCCUCAACAAUGGAUGGAAAGAGUUUGUUGAUGCAAAAGGCCUAAGGGGAGGGGAUGAUUUGUGUUUUCAAGUUUGUUAUCUAGAGGAUCGCCUCUACUUCAUUGUUACUAAAGUGGAGGAGCCGGAGAUCAUAGAUAUUGAUUAGGUCGUUUCUUUCUAUUUAUGAAAAAUGAAGUUUGGUUUGGUUUGGUUUGAUUUGUUUUGUUUUGUUUUGUUUUGUUUUGUUUUCGUUUUGUUUUCGUUUACUUAAUGACGUAUGAUUUUGAUUUAUGUUAGUAUUCAACUAUAUAUUCAUUCGAUUCA